UUUCCGGUAAGGGAAUAAAUGAGGAUAGAUCGAGUGCAUGUUCAACUUUUAUCACCGUUACCUUUGUAAACUGCUGUGUUACAGAGUGUUCAGUUUGAACUAGACCCGCUUUGGUCAUUAUUCCACUACUCAACACCUUGUAAGACAUUUUUUCCUACGAAGUUGUACAUGUAUUUGUGCUACCAUUUUUUAAACAGCUAGUUGAUUUAUGUAGUUACUGUUUACCUCCGGGAUUAUUUCCAUGUUUGUCUAUGCUUCAGGAGGUAGGUGAAAAGUCAAAUGCUGUUUGAAGUGCAAUAAGCAGGAAGAUUAGAAGGUGCGAGGUAAGAGAUUAAAAGAGGCUAAAGGCAAAUAAAACUAAGGGCACACCAGGCAGGAGACUGAAAGAGAAAAUAGACGACGAAGGACACUGUUUCGGAGCAUAUCUGAGAGGGCAACACAUAGCAACCGAAGAAGACGGAAACGCACCACCAUGGCAUACAGGUUGUUUGAGGGGAAGGAUCAUGCCUCUAUUUACCAAAAGUAUCGAUUUACGCCUCCAGACGAGCUCAUCAACAUUAUUAUUCAAAACCUUGAUAAAAAGAAAGGAAAGCCACAUGUGCUUGCCGUGGAUCUGGGAUGUGGAACAGGUCAGAAUACCCGGCUACUGGGACCGCAUUUCCAGGCAGUGGAGGGCAUCGACAUCAGCGAGAGUCAACUGGAGGAGGCCAAAGGUGUGCCAGGGUAUCCCAACAUCACCUACAGGAAAGGGUCAGCGGAGGACCUUCCUUUCCCAGAUGGCUCUGUGGACUUGCUAACAGCAGCAUCAGCAGCCCACUGGUUUGAUCAGUCCAGGUUCUUGGCUGAGGCAUGUCGGGUAUUAAAACCAGGUGGUUGCGUUGCUCUGCUGGGCUACAGUUGCUUUUUCCCCAGACUUCACUACCAGGACUGUGGAGAGAGACUCAACCAGAUAUGUGAAGAGGUGAAGCAGGUAAUGUUGCCAUACACUAGCAAUCAGGUAGCUGUGGCUUUUAGCAAGCUGGAAGAACUCUACUCAGCCAUCCCUUUUCCCGACAAAGAAAGGAUUGAAGGCCUUCAGUCGAACUCGUCCACCUCUGUCAGGAACCUGAUCGGUUAUAUUGAGUCCAUUUCCAGUUUCCAAGCUUACAAGAAGAAAGAUCCCCAGAGGGCUGAAAACCUGCUGCUUCAUACUCAGAACAGGUUUCUGGAGGAGAUGGGAGUCAUGUCUCCUGACACGGAAAUGAAGCAGGAACUGGAAUAUUACUGUGUCCUGGCAUCAAAACCACUAUAAUCAACCAUGUGGCAUUGGUUGUGUGUGUUUGAGUGAGCCUUAGAUGUUACUUACUGAUCGAGUGCUCUUGUUAAAUGUGGAUAUUCGUAAAUCAACUAUUUUCUUUCCUCGAGUUGAACUCAGUGAUUGUCUUUUGUAAUGCAUGUGGAUCACCUUUGACCAGACUUAAAGGCGUAGUUCAGAAUUUUGGAAAUAGGACCUAAUUUCCAAGUUUGCCAGUGUGCUAUUUAUCAGUGGAGACCGUUUUCAACACGUUUCAUCCAGUCCUUCUAGUUGCAGAGUUCGCUGGUGCUAGGCUAGCUAGUUUUAAUUUAUUUGGGUGUACUGUGGAGUGGGUAAGACUGUUUUUAUUGGUAGGCUAGCAGAAACCAUUGACUUGUGCUAGCCUAGCAGCAGUGAACUCUGCAACUAGAAGGACUGGAUGAAACGUGUUGAGAACAGUCUCCACUGAUAAAUAGCACACUGGCUAACUUGGCAAUGAGGUCUUAUAUCCAAAAUUCUGAACUACCCCUUCAAAAUAUAAUCUAUAGACACAGUGUUUAGACCAGUUAACAGAUUAUUUACUGAAAACGUAAUGGACCAAGCGUCUACUGUCUUUUUCCGGUCUGCAAGUUUUGCUUUUGCGGUGAAUCUUACUCUCAAAUUGUUACCCAUUAGAGCUGCUGAACCCUGAGCGAUUACAUAACCUGGAGGUUAUUUUGAAAUAUUACAUACCUACCUUUGUUAUUUCAUGGAAGAGGUGCUAAGAUGCUUUGGUUCAAAUGGGAAGUGAUCUUUUUUUAGCCAAGCUUCUUUACUUGUUCUAACGACUUUUUUGCCCUUUCUUUAUUCUUUCUCUUUUUUUUAGUGUUUUUUUUUUUUUUACAGAAUUUAUCUUGCUAAUAACAAGUGUUGGCAAAAAAGAAUGUCCAUGUGAAUGCAUUUGAUUUUUGGGAUAAAUGCCUAAUGUUGAAAUGUGACUCUAUUUUAAGGAUCUUCUGGCAGUAGCCUAGUCUACUUUGGCCAAUUUUGCAAAACUUAAUUCGUUUUUUUGGAUUAAUAUCCAUUAGAGUUGUGUUUUUGUAAAACAGAAAGAUCCAACAAAUAUUAAGGAAUAUUGGGUAAAUGCUGGUUUAUUUUUUGGUGUUGACAUAAAAAAUUGUCAUGGUAAACAACUAUUAUCAUUAAGUGUCUUUCAAAUAGUAAACUUAUUGACCACUUAUAACGGCUUGUGUCACGUAUGAACGCUCUGUUUAUUAUGUGACUUAUUAUGCAACACCAUUGGGGUUAGUUAUGGAAAACAUUGAAGUGACACAUUGACCUUUUGAUAGAACAGAUAACGCAUACAAAACAUUUUAUAAGUUGACAUUAAAAAACACUGUUGUUCGACUCAGUAAUCUCACAUUCAGCUUCAAGAUUGCGUAAUUCUGUUUUUAAAGAAACUUGCACAAAAGUACAUUGGAAAAUGAAUGGAAUUACUUCAAAUAAAGCUAUUCUCACAAAAGGAAAAUCUU